GAAGUCACAUUCAAGCAAUUCAAGUCAUUGAGAAGAAAAAUCAUCUUUAUUAUUUGAACUGAAUACAGGUGGCAAGGAUGGGAAUCUCUCUCUCCUGAGGAAAGUAAUUUCAUCCGUUCUGGAUGUUGCACAUGAAGCAUAUUUGACAAUAAAGUUGACUUGACUUAGCUUGCCAUUACACAUUAACGAUCACUCGAUGAUAAGGAUGAUGAGGACUGAAUGCAUGAGGACGAGUUUUGUUUUGGAAUAAGAACAACUCUCUUUGAUCUGGGGUGACAUGGCCAGCAAACCCAGGGGGUGGAUUGGUUGUUGAUUAAAGUCCAAGUCCGGGUGGUUGUGUUCAUCCAGAGUAACUGCUUUUGGCGAGGCAGAUCUUGGUGGGGACCUAGAUGGUGGUUCAGGUUUGAAAAGGUCACGUUCCAGAUUGUUGUUUUCAUCUGGGGUCACAGAUGGUCCAGGUUGACAGGAUGCUAGUCCAGGUGGGUUGUUUUUAUUUGGAGUAUUUGAUGAUGGCAUGGGUUGUUCUGGUAGUGGUGCAGGUGUGAGAAGUCAUCGUGCAGGUUGACAAUUUGGUGUCCAGAUGGGUGGUGUUGCACUGGUGGCUGACAUUUGCCAGGGUUGCUUCGUAUGAUAUGAAAUAAAAUUUGGAUCAGGAGGUGGUGGCAGUGGGCCAUGUGGCUAAUAUGGUGGUUGGCCAGGUGGCCAAUAUGCUGGUGGAGCAGGUGGCCAAGGUGGUCGUUGCCCAUGGUUAAAGGGAGGCCAAUAUGGAUAAUUUAUUGGUGGCCCAGGAGGACCUGGUGGUCCAGGUGGUCCUGGUUCACUUGGUGGUCCUGGUGGUCCAGGUGGUCCAGAUGGUCCUGAUGGUCCAGGUGGUCCUGGUGGUCCUGAUGGCCCAUCUGGUCCAGGUGGUCCUGGUGGGCCAUCAAGUCCAGGAGGUCCUGGUGGCCCAUCGAGUCCAGGUGGUCCAGGUGGUCCAUUUGGUCCUGGUGGACCAUCUGGUCCAGGUGGUCCUGGUGGUCCAUCUACUCCUGGAGGACCACCUGGUCCAGGUGGUCCUGGUGGACCAUCUUGCCCUGGUGGACCAUCUGGUCCGGUUGGUCCUGGAGGACCCACUGGUCCUGGUGGUCCUGGUGGCCCAGGUAGUCCUGGAGGAUGGGGUGUUGGUGGACUUCCUGGCGGUGAUCCAGGUGGAGAUCCAGGUGGACUUCCUGGUGGUGAUCCGGGUGGACUUCCUGGAGGUGAUCCUGGUGGACUUCCUGGAGGUGAUCCAGGUGGACUUCCUGGAGGUGAUCCUGGUGGACUUCCUGGAGGUGAUCCUGGCGGACUUCCUGGAGGUGAUCCAGGUGGACUUCCUGGCGGUGAUCCAGGUGGACUAUUGUCAUCUGGGGUAAAAGCUGCAUUGGAUGGCACUUGUCUCUUUAUCUUUGCAGAAAGACAGCUGGUUCC